AGUUUAUGCGCGUCUUCUCAACAAACCAGUCGAGGAACAUUAGGUGUUGAGAAUAAGUUGCGAACAGUACAAUGGAAUAAGUGAAAUUAAUUAUGUGACAAAAUUCACAAAUUUGUGCAAUGGACCUAUCGAACAACUCUUAUGUCUCGACCACCAUCGACCCGGAAAGCUCCUACACCCCGUACCCGGAGCGUCCGGAAACUUACAUCGUUCCGGUGGUGUUUUUCAUCAUUUUCAUCGUUGGAGUGUUGGGCAACGGAACUCUCGUCGUAAUUUUCUUGCGGCAUCGCGCAAUGAGGAACGUCCCUAACACAUACAUUUUUUCACUGGCAUUGGCCGACCUUUUGGUGAUCAUCACGUGCGUGCCCUUUACGUCCAUCGUGUACACUCUGGAAUCGUGGCCUUGGGGGGUUGUCAUGUGCAAGGUCUCCGAAACCUCCAAGGACAUCAGUAUUGGAGUCUCCGUUUUCACACUGACUGCACUCUCCGCUGAGCGGUAUUGUGCCAUCGUCAACCCCUUGCGAAGGCUACAAACAAAGCCAAUGACUGUUAUCAGCGCUGGUAUGAUAUGGCUCCUGGCGACCGUUUUGGCGCUUCCAGAUGCCAUCUGCUCAAGACUGCACGUCAUCGACUUGGAUAAACCUAACACAUCGAUAGUGAUCUGCUCUCCAUUUCCAAGCAUCACUCCCACACGCUACAGUCAAUACAACAUCGCCCUCAAAUCACUGAUCUACUACAUCAUCCCCUUAUGCAUAAUCGCUUGUUUCUACGUCCUUAUGGCCAUUCGUCUGCACGCCAGUGCCAACGACAUGCCCGGAGAAGUCCGGGGGGCUCAAAGUUUGGCUCAGGCCAAAGCCCGGAGACACGUGGCUCGCAUGGUCCUCAUUUUCGUCUUCUUGUUUUUUAUCUGUUUCCUUCCGCACCACGUAUUCAUACUCUGGUUUCAUCUCUACCCCUUGGCACAGGAUGCAUACAACGAUUUUUGGCACGUUCUGAAAAUCAUCGGUUUUUGCUUAAGUUUUUUAAAUUCUUGCGUCAAUCCGGUGGCUUUAUAUUGCGUCAGUGGGGUGUUUAGGGCACAUUUUAAUCGCUAUUUGUGCUGUCAAGACCCAAGAUGGCCAAGGAAUGCCAUGUCGGGUGCCAAUUGUGAAACCAGCUUUAAUUCCACCUACAGGAGGCACACACAACGGAAAUGGUGGAUUCGCCAGGGCACGACUAUCGAAAAUCCAAGCAUCUACCGGAAAAACACCCUCGCCAAACGCAACAUCCAAGAAUCGAACUUGAUAAAUAUCGACACAUCAAAUAAGAACCAACUGAACGAAAUUGGUAUGAAAAAUACGCUGAUACUCCGUUCAGAAAUGCAACUAGACAGAGGCGGUUUCUGUAGCUGAGGCCGAGAUCGCAAAGUAAUUUUUGACGAAAAUUGUGUUUGAAUUGUCUUUUCGCAACGAAUGUGUGGUGCACUUGCGGCACUGGUACCUGUAAAAGACACCCGGUGAUAUUCCAUGAGCUUUGUAAAAAACUGUAUAACUGUUCUAAUGUUAAGCUUUUUGGAUUCCUUAAUCGUGCAAAUUUUCUACCAAAGUGUGUCAAGAAAAAUAAACCUCUUCACAGAAGAAUUAAUCAAUCGACGUGAGUCGCAUCGGUGAAAAACUCUUUUAUUUGACGUUUGAUUGUCUAUUUUCAAUUAUCUCGCGGCUGGUCUAAGUAGCAAUUUAAAUGCGAGACAAUCUUUUACUUUUCUCGAGAUUUUUUUACGUCCACGAAUAGUGUCAAACGUCAAGGGGAAAACGCAUAAAGCUUCACGAAUUUAGUGUUGUAGAUAAGCAAGAUUUUUUUCCACUUUACCACAUAUCACCCUCUACAACAUAUCUGAUUUUUUUGUUAGAAAUCAACGAUCAGUAUUACAAAUACAUCCCACUUUCCCGUAAAAUUAGAUGUAAAUAUUAUCUUAAGGAUGUACGAGUAUGUAUAUUUUUUGUAAAAAUCUGUCACCUAAUAAAUGUUGAAACUGUC